AUGACGGCGCAAGUCGACUCGCCACCUUUGGCAUCUUCCGUAUCAUCAGUAUCUUCGGUGGGGAGACAAACAAUCAAAAAGACUCGUCUGCAACAGGUUGUUGUCAUAGUCCAGCUCGUCGGAGUCACUCUGACGGCAAGCUUGAUCAAUGGCCUGGUCACUAUCGCACUGCCGACUAUCACGAAGGAUCUUGAGCUGCCAUCUUCUUUAGCUUUCUGGCCCUCAUCUGUGAGCAGUCUUGCCACUGCGUCGACACUUCUCCUCGCCGGUUCUAUUGCCGAUACCAUUGGGCCACGAUGGGUUGAACUGGUCGGAUCUUUCUCCAGCGGAGCCUUGAUGAUUGGGCAAGGACUAGCACAGAAUGGCGAAGGGCUGGUAGUAAUGAGAGCGCUUCAAGGUGUUGGCCUCGCCUUUCAUCUGGCCUCCUCGGUCUCUAUCAUCACCCAGCUCCUGCCCCAAGGCAGAGGCCGUAAUUUUGCUUUCUCAUGCAUCGGCCUCAGCCAACCGCUCGGUUUCUCCCUCGGACUGGUCGUGGGUGGCGUUCUAGUUGACACAAUUGGCUGGCGAGCUGGAUGGUACAUCGCCGGAGGAAUCACUCUCUUCUUCGCAGUUAUUGCAGUAUGGACAAUUCCCAAGAAUAAAACCGUUCAAGAUGAGAGCCUUCUCCACAAUGUCCGGACGAAGAUCGACUGGCUCGGCGCCUUUCUGGCCUCCGCAUUCAUGGCCCUCCUCUGUUACCUCCUGGCUAUCGUAAGCGCGGACCCGUCCCGCAUAAAGUCAGUCGACAGUAUCGUCAUCCUAUGCCUGGCAGCAAUUGCCCUGCCACUCUUCAUCAUCUCAUCCCACCACCGAGUCAAACGAAACAAAGUAGCCCUAAUCCCGAACUCUCUAUGGAGAAACACCUCCUUCUCCAGCGUCUGCGCCACAGUCGCCCUCUCCAACGCAGUCCUCAAUUCCAUGGAACUCUUUGCCAGUCUAUUCUUCCAAGAAGUCCAAUACCUCUCAGCCCUACAAGCCUCCAUCCGCAUUCUCCCAAGUCUCAUAGUUGGCGCCCUCCUAAACCUAAUCAUCGGCCUCUUCGUCCACAAAAUACGCGCCGUCUGGAUCGUAACCAUCACCUCGCUUCUCUGCGCGGGCUCCCCCCUCCUCAUGGCCGUCAUCCAACCUUCCUGGCCAUAUUGGGGUAAUGCCUUCUUCGCGCAGAUCCUGCAGCCCGUCAGCUUCGAUGCGCUGUUUACCGUCGGUCUGAUUGUCAUCACCGAUGUGUUUCCAGAUGAUACGCAAGCGCUAGCUGGCGCGGUGUUCAACACCUCGGCGCAGUUCGGAAGUGCCCUGGGACUUGCGGUGUUGCAGGUUAUUUCGACGGUGGUGACGGAUCAAUCUGGGGCUGCUAAGGAGAGUUUUACAAUGCCGGGAGCCUGGCGGUACCUCACUAUGGGAGGUGAAAACGAAGGAGAACAUGUCACGGCAGCUAUAGCAGCCGCCCCUGUCAGCAAGAUUUGCUUCUGGGAGAGAAGCACUGGCACAAAAAUUAUAACAGCGUUCAACGUGGCAUGGGCAAAUGGGAAGGAAUCCGCCACCUACGGAGAUACCCAUGGUGCCACCAAAACUGUGCUUGAACUCAGGUAUGAUUUCAACACUCAAAACAUCGGCCGAGGAGUUAGGCGUUACAACGACGGUGCUGGGUAA